CGAAACACUAAACAUUGUUUACGCACCCACAUUCGAUCUCUGGCAGAUUUCACCAUUGUGCUUGUGCUUACUUGAAUAUACCAGUAACCGCUCCAUUGAAAUAGAGACUUUCUUUUCGCCCCUGCUGUGUAUUGUCUCCAAAGAUGCCCCAGCCACAGAAGACCCCGUCUCAACACAACUCUACGUUAUACAUAUCACCACUCGUGAACAACCGCCAAAAUGAAGUGUUUGUGACUCCCCCCAACCCGGCAGCCAAGAUCUUUGGCAGUCCGGGGUCUGAGAACACGACUCUGUUCUUUAAUGUCGACAGGAACGUCACUAAUAACGGGAAUCAACUGAAAGACCUGCAACCACUCUCUCAGGCAGAGAAGUUAAGACUUUGGAGACACGACGCGUUGAUGCAACACCAGUACAAAACCGCUGAAUUCAUUGGCGACAAGGUGUUAGCAUUGACCAGCGACCCUAAUGAUGCUUUUUGGUUGGCACAGGUGUAUUUCAGUAGUGGCAAUUAUCUAAGGGCUAAGUCACUUUUAAUGUCCAAGCCUGAAUUCGAGAAGUCAGUUAGUUGUCGAUAUUUGGCAGCCUUUUGCUUGAUAAAAUUGGAGCUCUGGGAUGACGCGUUGGACUUGAUUGGAGAGUCCAAUCCUUUCCGCAGAGAUGAGCAGUACCAGAUACGAAACUCGGAUGGAGGAAUCAAGUUGGAAUCAUCGAUGUGCUAUCUUAGAGGCUUGAUAUUCGCCAACCAAAACAACUUCGAUAAAGCCAAGGAAGCAUAUAAAGAGGCAGUUUUUGUGGAUGUCAAGUGCUUUGAAGCAUUUAAUGAGUUGAUCACGAACAAUUUGAUGACCCCCAGUGAGGAAUGGGAGUUCAUCACUCAGUUAAACUACAGCGAUGCCGACAACAAUGACGAGUUGGUUAAGCUUCUAUACUCGUCUCGGUUGAGUAAAUAUUUUAACGUACAUAAGUUCGACGAAGCUGAAACAAUUUUGAAGCAAGACUAUGAUUUGGGAGACAACACGGAUAUCUUGUUGGCCAGAGCAGACUACUUGUAUGUUCAGUGUAACUUUGAUGAGUGUCUUAGUGUGUGUGAAAGAGUUCUUAGUAAGGACCAAUACAAUUUCAGUAUUCUCCCCAACUACCUCAGCUGCCUUCAUGAACUUGGAGGUAAAAAUAAACUCUUCCUCAAGGCCCACCAAUUGGCCGAAAGUCAUCCUACCGAUGCUAUGACCUGGUUGGCCAUCGGAGUAUACUACUUGUCUAUCAAUAAAAUCAUUGAAGCAAGAAGGUUUUUCAGUAAAGCUACCCUUUUAAAUCCUAAUUUUGGCCAAGCGUGGAUUGGCUUUGCUCACACGUUUGCUGCUGAAGGAGAACAUGAGCAAGCCAUUAGUGCAUAUGCAUUUGCAGCCAGAUUAUUCCCAGGCACCCAUUUACCCAACCUAUUUCUUGGAAUGCAGCACCUUCUAAUGGAUAACUUGAACUUGGCAGAAGAAUACUUGUCUACGUCGUAUCAAAUUUGCAACACUGACCCGCUCCUAUUGAACGAGUUGGGAGUGAUUCACUUCCACAAAAAUGAUUUGGUCAGAGCUGAAGCCUUCUUCAAAGAAGCAUUGACAGCCUCCAAGAAUUUAAAUUCUGAUUCCCAAACCUGGAUCUGCCUUCAUGCCAAUCUCGGCCAUGUUUACCGUAAGGCCAAUGAAUUACACAGGGCCCUUGAGUGCUACAACCAGGUAUUACGAAUCAGUGACAAAAACGACACAAACCUACUUGCAUCCAUCGGGUUGGUAUACCUCAAACUCGGAAACCACCUCAAGUCUAUCUCCUUCCUCCACGAUGCGUUGGCUAUCUCACCUUCGGACCCAGUUGCUACUGAUCUCUUGAAGAGAGCCCUAUCAUCCAAUCAGCACUACAGUAAGCCCUUCUUUGACUCUGCCUCGAAUAAGAUUCGCACCAUGAGGGCCAACUCCAUCUCCACCACCAGUCCUUCUAUGGAACCACAGAAAAAUGACGACUUGGAAGACGUAGGAGAUAUUGCCCGUAGCUUGAAGAUGGGAGAGGUAUCUAGUGAUGAGGAUGAAGAAGUAAUGGAUAUUGAAAGUGACUAAAAUCCGUAUUGUUCAUGUGAAUGUUCGUCUAUGACGACCCUAUUAUGUUCUUCACAUCUGUCUUAUCUGAAUGUCGCACCCUUUAUAUUUCAAUAGAGUUGGCAAUACGACGGUUCUUGGUUAACUAUGGUAAAUCAUUUUUCCACUCCAGCUACGCUAUGUACUGCUAAUACCAUGAUCUUUCAGUC